AAAUGACUUCACUUUCCAUGGUACUUUUUUUAUCAAAUUUUUUUCCUCAAAAAAAAGCAGGAAAAAGAAGUCAAACAGCGAGUAGAAUAGAUUAGCAGGGAACAGAAGAAAUGAAAAAUAGUAAUAAAUAUUUCAUGUGAUGUGAAGUAAAAAAAGAGUAAACGCGGCUCAAUCGAAACGAAAAAUUUCCUUUGCGCAGUAAAUGUAAGAAUCAUUAUGUGUACAUGUUCAUGUACAUUCAAUUUUCCUCUCAUACCAUUCUACAUAUAGGCUUUGAAGAGGAAAAAGCAUUAGCUGGGACUGACUGAGUGAGGAAAAAAGGAAGGAAAAAGUUCCUUUUUUUUCUUCUUGUUUGUGUGUGACUGGCUUGAUUGAUAGACACAAAAAUUAAGCAAGAAUAAUAAUAAUAAUAAAAUUGUGAGAAAAGAGAUAAAUAAGAGUGAAGCUAAGGAUGGCAUUGUGGAAUAAAUUGCUGCAAUCGCGGCCCGAAGUAAUGGAACAAAUACGUGUUUCCUAUGGUAACCAUUUCCCUAUGGAAGUCCGCCAUUAUUUAUGUGAUUGGCUCGAAACACGAUUGCUUGCUGGACCAAUGAUUAUGGAUCAUGAUCCUCAGCUUGAAAUUGAAUCUGCUCGUUUUCUGAAUGAAUUGCUCGUCGAAUUAGAACGUAAAGCAACUGAAAUGACGUCCGAUGACUUAAUUACAGCAAAAUUGCGCCUAAUAGAAUCAUCGAAGAAUUUUCGACAAUUAUUCUCACAUAAUCCAAGUCAAUUAUACUCUCAUCUUCGUAACUGUUUAAUGUUUGAAAAGAAUAUGCUGUGCUAUCCAGAAGAAUGUGGGAUGACACAAAACAGCGAGUUUACACAAAUCUUUCAAGCUUUGGAAGAAUUGAUCUCACGUGUACGUGCAAAUGAAAUUGAGAAUCGUAAUUUGAAGAAAAAGUAUGAGAUUUUUUGCUGUGAAGUACAUGAGGUGACAAAGAGUAACGCCCAAUAUGACAUAAUUGAUAAUCAAAAUCCAGAACAUCGUGAUCGAACAGCACAAAUGAGACGUGAACAGCAGGAGAGAUUACAACUUUCAUUGAAUCAAUUGACUGGCAUGAGAUUGAAUUUGGUUGACAAAUUCAAGGCCACCAUAGAGUUGACAGAAACUGUUCAACAGAAAGUAAUUGACAAGUACUUAAAUCAGUGGCGUAUGAAUCAAGGAUUAGCCGGUAAUGGAGCACCUCCAUCGAAUGCCAACAACUUGGACAUUAUACAAGGCUGGUGUGAACAUUUAGCAGACAUCUUAUGGAAUACUCGUGAACAAAUCAAAAUGGUGUCAAAAUAUCGUAAACAGUUGAAUGUCGACGAACAGAAUUUGCCAGACUUUUUACCCGAGCUUUUUUCGAAAGUAACUGGAUUACUUGAACAUUUGAUAACUCGCUCGUUCAUUAUUGAGAAGCAGCCACCGCAAGUCAUGAAAACUAACACUAGAUUUGCAUCGACAGUACGUUUAUUAAUCGGAAAUACAUUGAACAUAAAAAUGAACAGUCCAUUGGUGAAGGUAACAAUUGUAUCAGAACAGCAAGCUCAAAACACACAGCAGACAAAUAAAUGCUCAGAACAUACGUGCGGUGAAAUUCUUAAUAGCACUGGAAAUAUGGAAUAUAAUGAAACAACAAAGCAAUUGUCAGUCAGUUUUCGUAACAUGCAAUUGAAAAAGAUUAAGCGUGCUGAAAAGAAAGGCACCGAAAGUGUGAUGGAUGAAAAGUUUGCAUUACUCUUUCAAUCGAGCUUUGCUAUUGGACAUGGAGAUUUAGUCUUCUCUGUCUGGGCAUUAUCAUUGCCUGUUGUUGUGAUUGUUCAUGGAAAUCAAGAGCCACAAUCAUGGGCAACAAUCACUUGGGAUAAUGCAUUUGCUGAGAUUAAUCGUCAGCCAUUUGCAGUACCUGAUAAAGUUCCAUGGAAUCGUUUGGCUGAAGCAUUAAAUAUGAAAUUCCGUGCAUCAACUGGACGCUGUUUGACACCAGAAAAUUUACACUUCUUAUGUGAGAAAGGAUUUAAAUUGCAAGUUCCGAUGCCAAUUUCAGACGAUUAUCAAAUUACAUGGUCUCAAUUCUGUAAAGAACCUUUACCCGAUCGCACAUUCACAUUCUGGGAAUGGUUCUAUGCUGCAAUGAAAUUGACACGUGAGCAUUUACGUGGUCCAUGGAAUGACGGAUCUAUUGUUGGAUUUAUUCACAAACGAACAGCAGAGGAUCAUUUACUCAAAUGUCAACGCGGCACAUUUUUGUUGAGAUUCUCAGACAGCGAACUCGGAGGAAUUACGAUUGCCUGGGUAAAUGAGGGCAACGAUGGCAAUCCAUGUGUGCUUCAUAUUCAGCCAUUUACAGCAAAAGAUUUCGCCACACGUUCAUUAUCAGAUCGUAUACGUGACUUUGACGAUUUGACUAUUCUAUUUCCAAACAAGGCUAAAAAUGAAGCAUUUGACAAAUACACAACGCCAUCAGGGCAACCUAAAAAUAAGGACUAUAUACCAUCUGAAAUUCGCGCAAUUUUAUCGCCAUCAAAUGCAAACAAUAUUGGAUAUGCUAACACACCGGCAUCACAAUUUAUGCAGUCGCCGGAUCCAUCAAGAGACACGCCUUCCGUUCAAAGCGGCUACGGAAUCGACGAUGGACAAAUGAAUCAUAUGAAUCAAAUCCCAGGAAUGGAUAAUUUCGAUCUUUCGCUUGAGAACAUUGAUAUGUACACGUCAUCAUUCAAUUGAACAAUUAUUUUUUUAAAAAAAAAACUUAUUGUUUCUUGUGUUUAGUAGUAGAUACAAAAGGCAGCAGCUAAGAAUACUUCCAAUUUUUUUUUUAUUAAUUUUAUUUCUUUACAAAGAAUGAAUAUAUUGUAUUAUUUUUAUAAGCAAAGCAUGAAGAGAAGAGAAAAAGUCAUGACCAAAAGAGCAUUUUUAUAAGGACCACAAGUUUUUUACUUCAAGUUUUUCUUUUGUGUUAUGUUAUAGAUUUAUUUGAUUUGAGAUGAUUAAUAUAAGACAUAUGAGGUAUAUUGGAGAAUGCUUACUUUAUAUGUGUGCUAUAAAAAUACAACGAAGAAUGUUUAUACAGUCAACUAUUUUGUAGAAAAGAUUAGAAAAUAAUGAUUCCUUUAAGUUUGAAAACUUUACUUAAAUAUUUUUGAAUAAGAAAAUUCGAUAGACAUUGCAUGUGAAAGAAUGACUAUUUAGGUGAUUUUCAACUAUGAUUAUUUGUCAAUUUUCGGACUCGACUUCAAGUUCUGAAGAUUAAGAAAUCAAAUCUUUAUAUCUUGAUAACAGCCAAUUUAAGAAUCAUAAUGAGAUAUUUACUUCGAGAUUUAAUCUGUGUCUUAAAUAGCCUCAUAUGUUUAUAUCAG